AUGUCCGUUCCACCUGAGAUUAUUCGCGUCAAGAGAAAGAGGGACGAUGAGAGCAUCCCCGUAGCAUUUCUUCAGCUUGAUGAGACCACGAAGAGGCACUGUAGUGGGAAUUGGGUUUACCAAAGGCGGGAUCCUGAGGUUCAACUCGCCAACCGUAUCAUUCGUCCCGUCAUCCAUAGUUCUAAAGCCCAUGGAGCUCCCGCGGAGGGCAAACAGCACGAUGACUUGGCAGAAGCAACGGAGGCGGCUGCUGCGCAGCGCCAGUUCUUCAUGUCCAAAGCCUCUUUUACCAAAAUCUCCGAGGCCCGUCAAGGCUCGGUGCUGGAAAAUGCGGCAUCUCUUGAUCACGCAGCACUCGCGACUCUUCAAGCCUCUGAACAAUCACAAUCGGGAGAAGGCCAUGGCAGCCGUAACCAAGAGGCUAAGAAGUUGAAGCGCCCGGGCAAGCUUGUCCGGGACCAGCCCAGGACUUCCGAGGCGGAGAAGGUGGACGAACCGCCCACUCUCCCACAAUAUCACCAUGACAUGGAACGCCUUGCCUCCGAGAUGGGGGCGUGGACAAUGAACGAGAUCCAAAGGAACCUGGACCAACGCGGGAGCCAAUCUUCUAACCAACGUCCGGUGCCUAAGCCCGCGGGUGCACGCUCAACCCCGAGCUUGAAACCCAAAGUGCCAGCUCAGCGGUACGCCGAGCGCCAUCCGCAGGCAAAGGCCGCCGUUCCCGUUGCUUCUACGCCUUCUCAGGGAAGAACCCCUAGUGGCCAGAAAGCAGAGGAUGCCUUGGAUACGGAAAUGGAUAUGGAUGGCGAUUGGAUAGAGGAGAUUUACCAGCGCGUACCUGCUUCCAAGCUCGAUGCAACGGUGCCGCUCAAGGACGUUGGGGUGAUUCGCUUUGAAGACGACAAAGAAGAGCAAUUCUUCUAUGGUGCCGGAGAUGGUGAUUCGGAUGCCGAGCAGUGGGAAGAUGAGGAGGAUGAGAACGCCGAGGACUAUUAUGGAGCCGAUUACCCCGAGGAUGAGGUAGAUGCAGACGACGAAUUUGACCGAAACGCAUACAAGUAUCGAACAGGAAAUGCCUCUGAUGAGGAAGAAUAUGAUCUCCAAGACUACAACGACGCCGAAGAUGAAUUCAACGAAUAUGAGGACGAGGAUGGCAAUGGUCACAUCGUGUCAGGAGAAGACCCUGAAAUUGCCAUCCGCAAGAUUCGUCAGUUUUUGAGCAAGCAUCGCAACGGCGGUGUGCAUUAG